GGUGAGAUAUUUCGGCAGUGAGGGUAAACAUUUAUGUGCUGUUGGAAAUUUGUGGAUUUAACGAGUUGUUUGUGUUUGAUUUGUGAUUUUACUGGUUCAUUUAAUUCUCAUAAUAAUUAUAUAAUGCGACCUUGACCUAGUUUGAAGAUGAAUGGGGUCACUGGAGUGCUGUUGUUAGGCAUUGUUGCCAUGACAACAGGGGUCAAUUACAUCAAGAAAGAAAUCUUGGCCGAAACUGGGGAUAAAACUGUUUUAAAGUUUGAAAAAAUGGUGUUUGAUAAAGUUGAUAAAAGGAUAUUUGUUGCCGGUGUCAAUAGGUUGUAUGAAUACGAUGUAAACUUAGAAAUGCUUAGAAAAAACAAAAUAGGCCCGGAGAUGGAUAACCCCCUGUGUCCACCCCGUCUUCAAGAAGCCACUUGCGAACAUGAGGACAUAGAAAUGGAUGUUCAUAGUAAAGCUCUUCUUCUUGAUUAUGAUGAUAAUGUUCUCAUUAACUGCAUUAGCUUGUUUCAAGGGGAGUGUAUUAAAUAUGAGAUGGAUAAUAUCCUUAUUCAAAAAGAGCGUGUGUACAGGGCAGUUGUCGCCAACAACGCUACAGCAUCGACAUAUGCCUUCAUUGCACCUGGAGCUUAUGAAGACGAAGAAACAGGUCACCAAAUGAAUGCUUUAUACGUUGGAGUACAGUAUGUCGAAAAAGGUUGGAAUAGAAAAAAGUUACCAGCCUUUUCCAGUCUAAGAUUGGACGAUUUUAAGAUUGUCAAAGAUUCCAUUACCCUUUACAAGACCAUGAUUAAUGCUGACAACAAUUUGAAACUCACAUUUCCCAUAUUUUACAAGUAUGGCUUCAGUUCUGAAGGGUUUAGCUACAUGAUCACCGUUCAGAAGGAAUCGACCGAUACCAGCAAGGAAUCGUAUGUAUCGAAAAUAUUCAGAGUCUGUCAAAAGGAUAAAGAAUUUGUGACAUAUGUUGAACUCCAUUUGCAAUGCUUCCACAGUGGCACAAUCUACAACUUAGCUCAAACUGCACACCUCGGUAAAGCUGGAGCACAUCUUGCAGAAGCGAUGGAAAUGAAUGUCAACGAGGAUGUGUUGUAUGUGACCUUCUCUCUUGGACCUCCAAGGUCGUCUGAAGCAAGCCAGGGAUCGGCAAUAUGCGCCUACCCUAUGAGAGACGUAAGGAAAACCUUUACGAAGAACAUUCAAGACUGCUUUGGCGGCACAGGCAACACUGGUCCACCUCAUUUCUUCAAGUCCAGCCCCUGUUCAGCAAGGGAGGAUGCAAAAAUUGACGACAACUUCUGCGGAGGCUUUAGUCAGAUGAACUCUUGGGUUGACGGACUAACACCAAUAAGUACAUCGGCAGCUGUCAUUUUCCAGAAACACGUUCUGACGUCGCUCACCGUCCAUCAUGUCUAUGACUACACUGUUGCAUUUGCUGGGACCAAGUCUGGAAAAAUUGUAAAGAUUUCUAUGGACACUCAGAGCCUUGGUUUGCCGUACGAGACAGUCACGCUGGCCCCAAACGAGGCGAUACAGCCCGACAUGUUCGUUGACCUGACAGAAAAGUACCUCUACGUCAUGUCUGAGAACAAGUUGAUGAAAGUGCUGCUGUAUGAGUGUGACCAGUACAGAUCGUGUGGCGAGUGUCUCGGAGCAGGCAACCCCUACUGUGGAUGGUGUUCACUCGAAAACAAGUGCAGUUUACGUAACGAGUGCUCUGAACAUGACCAGCUCCUACGUUGGCUGCCUUACAAGGGUCAGACAUGUCCGAAGAUCUCCAUCGUCAACCCAAACAGAGUACAGAAACAACAAAAAAUUACCGAGCUCCGACUGACUGUUUCAAACCAGCCAUACUUUAAAGGGUUGUACCAGUGCGUCUUCCAGUACGAGAAGAACCUACAAUACACGAUCACAACCACCAACACCACCCUGCUGCCUGUAACUCCCGACGGGAUUAUGUGCGAGACACCUGAGGAUCACCACCUGCCUGCGAUACCCACGGGAGAAGAUCACAUCAACAUGACACUGUCCAUCAGAAUCGGAGGCUUCGACUUUGUGUCGACAAACUUUACAUUCUAUGACUGCACAAGGCACGAAUCGUGUCAUGCGUGUACUUCCACUAAAUUUCUGUGCACAUGGUGUAUUGAGAAUCACAAGUGUACAAGUGACGCGGAACUUAACUGCAAGAACAACAACCGUAUCUAUGGUGACAAGGGGGGAGCCCUAAGCCCACUCGGCCCAGAAUUCUGCCCAAGGGUCGUCCUUAAGCCGGAGUCAAAAAGCAAGAUCUUUGUGCCGUCAGGUACAAAAAAGAAGAUUACGGUUUACGGCGAGAACUUGCACUCCUUUAUGGAAGACAUUCGCUGUUUCUUCAGUAUCGGCCAGGGUGUGGAUGUGAGGGCUCGUCUGGUGUCAGACAAUAUCAUCGAGUGUGAUGACGUCAAUUUUUACUACGCGGAUGAAACAGAGUAUGUGAACGUUCCGUUCCAGAUCAACUGGCGGGUCAAGGACAGCGGUGUCCGGAGACCACUCGACAACCCGGACAAAAUACAAGUGGUUGUGUACAAGUGUAACCAGAUGGCGUCCACGUGCGGUGACUGUAUAUCCAUGGUGGAAGAUUACUCGUGCGGCUGGUGUAAGGAUACAAAAUCGUGCACCAUUAACAUCAGCUGUACAAGCAUUGACUGGAUACGAGCAGGGACUUGUCCGAAUGUGGAAAUUACCAGGUUUGAGCCCCACACAGGCCCUAGAGAGGGAGGCACUAAACUGACCAUUUAUGGUAAAAACCUGGGUAUUGAUGCCAGGGACAUUGAUGGAGGAAUUACGGUAGCCGGUGUUACAUGUGAUCCCAUCAUUGAUGAAUACUUGCCCCCAAAGAAGAUCGUGUGUAAGACCAGGAGGAUGGAGGGACAGCAGGUCGGUCCCGUCAAGGUGACCAUCAAUCGAGAGUAUGAGAAUACCUCCAAGAAACAGUUUACUUAUGUGGACCCCGUCCUGACCUUAAUCUACCCACUGAAGGGUCCGAAGUCCGGGGGAACGAAGGUCCAUAUCAAGGGACAUAAUCUUGAUGCUGGUUCUGAUGUCAUGGUCACUAUCAGUGGUCACCCCUGCACGGAAGUCAGUCGCAAUGCCACAGUCCUGAGCUGCAAAACGGGCCCAUCCAGUAGCAACGAGAGCGGCACCAUACAAGCUAGGGUAGAUAACCAGAACAUCAACAGCCAGUUAACAUACUGGUACAUAAACGAUCCCAACGUGACCUCUGUAUCCCCGAUUAAGGGUAUCGUCAGCGGUGGAAUCGAGAUUCGGGUAAAAGGGACGAAUCUCGAGUAUGUUCAGAAAGCGACCAUGGUAUUUAAAGAGUUUGUUGUGCUGGAUGAGGAUGAUUCUAGGAGGAGGAAGAGGAGUGUGAAGGAAUAUUAUGGGUCCUGCUUUGUGCCACAAUAUGGACAAGACACCAUGAUGUGCCUGUCCCCUAAGAUCAACAACAAUUCUGUGCCGGACGACUCCGAGAAAGGCGUAAAAUUUGCCUAUGGGCUGCAGCUGGAUAACGUGUACAUUAACAGAACAGGCGUGCAUAAGGAGUUCUUUACCAUCUACCCCGAUCCGGAGUUUGACGAUAUGGUUGAUCGAUCGUACCAGAGCAAGACAGAUAACUAUUUAACCAUUAAUGGACGUAACCUAAACCUUGGUUUCAACACCAGUGACAUCAUAGUGAAGAUCGGCAAAAGUUUCUGCAAUGUCACGUCCAUCGACAAACACGGGAACCAGCUCAACUGUAAACCCCCAAAAACCCAGCCCCCAUCUAACAGCGGCUCAAAAUAUCCAGAAAUUGUGGUGAUGGUGGGUCGAAACUACAGCAAACAGAUCGGCUACCUGCAGUAUGAAAAGACCGAGGUGUUAUCGGUUCCCAUGAUAAUUGGCCUCAGUGUGGGCGGAGGUGUCCUUAUACUCGUCGUUAUAUGCUUUGUGGUCCUAUGGUGCAUUAAGACUCGAGAAAACACAAAUAUGAAGAAGAAAUGGCAAAUACAGAUGGAUAACCUAGAGGUUAAGGUCGCGAAGGAGUGCAGGGAAGCUUUUGCCGAGCUGCAGACGGAAAUUAAUGAGUGUACUAUUGAUCAGCUUGGCCAGGUGGCUAUACCGUUCCUUGACUACCGCUCUUACUGUAUGAGGGUUCUCUUCCCCUCGGACGAAGACUCACACCCGGUCAUCAGAGAUCUUGAUGUUGAUCCUCACAAACGUGAACAGAUCGAACACGGCCUGAAGCUGUUCUCCAACUUGUUGGCCAAUCGUACAUUCCUGCUCGUCUUUAUACGCACCCUUGAGGCAAACAGGAAGUUCAACAUGCGAGACCGUGUCAACGUGGCAUCACUCAUAUCGGUCGCUCUUCAGACAAGAAUGGAAUAUGCUACAGACAUCCUAAAAACUCUACUGGCCGAGCUGAUCGAGAAAUCGGUGGAGGGGAAGAACCAUCCCAAACUUCUGUUGAGGCGUACUGAAUCUGUGGCCGAGAAGAUGUUAACAAACUGGUUCACCUUCCUGCUCUACAAGUUCCUCAGGGAGUGUGCGGGAGAGCCCCUAUUCAUGCUGUACCAGGCCAUUAAACAACAGAUGGGGAAGGGACCAGUAGACGCCAUAACAUCCGAGGCUCGAUACUCUCUCAGUGAGGACAAACUUGUCAGACAACAUGUUGACUACAAACCAAUGACAAUCCACGUCCAAGACAUGGAUCAGUUCAGCCAGCAGUCUCACCCAGUCAAGGUUCUAGACUGUGACACAAUAUCGCAGGUUAAAGAGAAGAUCUUGGAUGCCAUAUACAAGAAUGCACCAUUCACCAAUCGACCAUCCAAAUCCAGUGUAGACUUAGUUUUAUUUUCCUCGAACCCGAAUGAAGACAGCUUCGACCGGAAACAUCAGGAAAAGAUGAUCCUGGCAGACAUUGACAAUACCACCAAAGUCGAGGGGGAGUUUAGACGCCUUAACACACUCUUCCACUAUCAGGUGCUUGAUGGAGCGUACAUGGCGUUACGGCUGAAACAGGCUCCCUCUCUGCCAGAUAUCACAUCCUCUGCAAACAAAUCGUUCGACUAUCAUCGCCUCAACAAUGAAUAUGGUAGUCGUAGCCCUAUGUUGAAUCGUGGUUCGCCCCGCAGUGUGCAGGUGGACAUGGAGCUCUCCAAUACCAACGGUGGAACCAAGCACUACCACUUGGUGAAGCAACAUGAUCAAGACAACACGGUCGGGGACCGCGGCAGUAAGAUGGUCUCAGAGAUCUACCUUACACGACUCCUAGCCACAAAGGGCACACUACAACAGUUCGUGGACGAUCUUUUUGAGCGUAUCUUCAGCACGUCACACCGUGGCACAUGCCUCCCUCUCGCCAUCAAGUACAUGUUUGACUUCCUCGACGACCAGGCCCUGCUCCACAAUAUACAGGACCAGGAUGUCGUACACACAUGGAAAUCUAACAGUCUUCCACUGCGUUUCUGGGUGAAUGUGAUAAAGAAUCCUAACUUUGUGUUUGACAUUUACAAGUCCAAUAUUGUGGACUCGUGCUUAUCAGUGGUUGCUCAAAACUUCAUGGACUCCUGCUCAAUGAGCGAACACAAGCUCGGGAAGGAUUCACCCUCCAGUAAGCUGCUCUAUGCUAAGGACAUCCCCACAUACAAGAAAUGGGUUGAUAGGUAUUACCAUGAUGUAAAAAUGAUGCCGGCCAUCAGCGACCAGGACAUCACCGCCAUGAUGAACGAGGAAUCACGGAGCCACCAGGAUGAAUUCAACAUGAACGCCGCCCUUUAUGAACUUUAUAAAUACGUGCAGUCAUAUAGCGAGGAUCUCACUCGAGCAUUAGAAGAAGAUGAAUUUGCCAAGAAAAAUCGUCUUUGUCAAAAACUUGAUCAAGUGCAAGCCGCUAUGAGUGGACGUGACGUAUACUGCUGAUGCAGGAAUAUUGCGUAGGACGUAGUUUGUGUUGUCGAGAAAAUAGUCACCUGUGUGGAAUUAUUCAUUACGUUUUGUGUAAACUGACCAAGGUACAUCAGAUGGAGAAUUAUACAUCGGAACAACAGAACAUAAUAGUGGAUUUUUUAAAAGAAAAAAAAUCUUGUUUUUAUAUGUAUGUUAGAUAUGAAACCAUUAGCCACAGCAGCCUUUUUUGUUAUUAGUUAUUUUUAUGUUACUCUUGUGCUGCAAGCGUCAUAUAUAAACCAAAUAUUGUUGGAUGUUUUUUGGCAUGUCAUUUACCAAAAAUCACAAAGUUUAAUGAAUGAUUUUUCAUCAUAAUGUAGCGAUUACUUAGAUCAUAUAGUGUAGAUAAUUACAUCUGUGGAUUUUUUUGAGGACCACACUAAAAUUGUAUAUUCUUUGAUAUAGUGUAUUAUAGAUAUUUGUAUAUGAAAAUAUACCAUUAUUACAUUGAUGAUGUAUCCAUUUAAAUUGUGCCAAUAAGCUUUUAAUUCGUACAAAGUGCUUUACUUAACAGAUGCUCAGCGUUGAGAUAAAAGCAAAAAGCUGAAGUGCCUCUUUGUUAAAUGUCACUUAGAGCUUUUUUGCGUGGAUCCCUUAUGUUAUAGAACUGAUCAUUUAACAGCUCAUGUAUACUUGACUAUGUGACACUUAGUGUUAUGUAAUUUUUGAGUUGUUAACUGGCAAUGAAUGGAUCUGAUUUAGCAUGCAUAGCUUAACAUCGUAUGGUGGAAAUUGAAAUUGUUGACUAUUGCAAAUUUAGUGGUGUGUCACCUCUUUGAUGCAUGGAUUUCAUGAUACAUGCUUGACUUUGCAAGAUAUGGUAGAAAUUUUAUUAUGAUUGAUCACAGUUGUAUUUUUUGGUGCUGAAGGUAUGAUCAAAGAGAAUUAAUUGUUCAGAUAGUAAUGUCAUUUUAUCAUUAUUAUUCUUUAUAGGUUGACUGACGUCUGAAGUAAAACAAUCCAAAAACAUCCUCCACAGAAGUUUCUGUGUUUGAUAUACUAUACGCCAAAAUCUUAAUGGAUAAGAAACCAGUUAAGACAUAUAUAAUUGUAGUGCACUAGGAUAUCAUACACCAAAGGUCUAAUUUAUAAGAUAUCUCAUUUUCAUUUUCCUGAAUUUUUUCUUAAUGUAAUUUGUUGUUAAAAUUUAUUGUUAUAAACAUGUUAUAAAAUUGAACUGAAUUAUUGUGCCCAUUCAAGCAUUAUAAUAAAAUGUAUUACACCAUUAAUUUUGUACUGCUGAGAAAAUAAUUAAUAUUCUACUGUUCUUUAUGUAUGGUAGAUCAUAGCGUUCACAUUGGAGGUAGUAUCAUAAUAUGUUACUUUGAAGUAUUUAUGUACAUGUAUGUAUGAAGGAAAAAAUUGAUGUGUUCAUUUCAUUUAAUGGUAAAUGCUUACUUUAUAUGUUUUAUCCAAUAUUAUGUUGAAGAUAAUGUUCACUCUAGAAGAUAGAUUAAUAAUUCGAACUACUAAUUAUAUAACCUACGGAUAUUAUUGUGCCAUCUUAGCACUUCUUCCACUGACCAAAGCCAGAACCAUUAUGUAGAAAUGAAGAAGACAAGAUUAUUGUUUUUCUUGUAUUUGGUAGAAAUGCUACUUACAUAAGCAACUGAACCCAAUUUCUUGAAACUUCUUAAGGUUACCAUGCUUAAGUCUAAAUAUUGUUAAAGAAGUAAAUAUAACACAAAUAAUAUAAAAACUAAAAUAGUGAGCUUAACUUAAUCCUGUCAUAAGAGAUUUAUAAAGUUUAGAGAAAUUGGGGCCAGCUGUUAUGUAUUUAUAACUACUCGCAUUAUAAACAUAGCUGUGCUAGUAAUUGAGUGAAUUUUCAUUGUGUGGGUUUCAUCAUGGAUGGUUUAUAGGUCCGUG